AUGUCUAAUUGCAUCCUCAGAGCGAAGCAAGCAAAAGAGCCCCGGCGAUCAAUCCCCAUUGCUCAGGCCGGCGCGGAUUCAAUCAAGUUACUUGGUUCCGUAGAAGGAAGGGCCCAGGGCUCGGUCGACCUUGGUUACUCGCUGCUUCCUGGCAGCAAUACCUUCGUAGGGUUGCAAGAAAUCCUCGGAGAUGAGGAUUUCCAAAAUAUUGCAGUCCGUCACAGUGAUGCACCACAAUCCAUGUUACCCAAGAAGAAUGUCGAAGGGCUGCUUGCGAAACUGCCGCCCAGGCCUAUCAUCGCAGCGCUCGUCGAUUUCUUCUUUGGUAAUGUGAAUUGGCAUUACUUUAUUCUCGAGAGAUUCUACUUCGAUAGCUUACUUUCACGAUGGCCUCCUGCUGAAGAAAUAGUUGCUGUGAGCCACCUGACACUCGCAGAACUUUGCAUGGAAAUGCGAUAUUUUCCGGCCUUACUCUUCCAGGUCAUUGCUUUAUCGCUGCUAUUUGCACCUACUGACUGGGACGUCGUGGCAAACUUACCAACAGGAGGGGUUUCCGCGUCGCAGAUGUAUAGCGAUUUAGGCGACGAGCUAUUAUCACAGUUGGGGAGACCUGGGUUGGCUCUCACUGCAGUUCAAGCGGAUUUUCUUCGAUCAUCGUGGCUGAAGAAUUGUGGGCGCGGCAUCGAGUCUUGGCAUACGGUUGGAUCUGCCAUUAGACAGGCACAGGAACUUCGCCUUCAUCAGCAAAAGGAAAUACAACAGGCUAAUGGAAAUAAUGUUGGCAAAACGCUAAGUUUGUUCUGGUACGAAGAGAAUAAGAAACGUCUAUGGGUGAAUCUGUUCGUCUGGGAUAGCUUUAUGGCAAUGAUUCUCGGGCGCCCUCGAAUGAUAAAUUUGGAUGACUGUGAUGCAAAGCCGCCCAUGAAUUGUAAUAUCCCUAGGGAUCCUUCCACCGCGAUACCAAUGACGGUACGCCCCGAAGACAGCAAAAGUCCUGUAACGAUCUCCGCGGUUCUCUUGAAAUACGAACUUGCAUGCAAAGUGCAUAAGAUGCGAGCUACCAAAGCAGACAGCCCUCGCCUGGAAGACUACACUAUUGUCCAAAAGUUGCAUGAGGAAAUAAUGUUGUUGAAGAACGAGGUGCCUGCCUUUUUGCGGCUAAAAAAUGCAGACACCACCUGGGACAUUGAGCAUCCGUAUCUUCCCCAGCUUCGCCAGGAAUUACAGGUUAUGCUAAAUCUGUUCGUCAUGGCAUUGCAUCGGUCACAUGUCAUAUCUAAUGGAGAGAGUCGAAAAGCCGCAUUGCAGGCAGCGCUUCAAACGCUUGAUUGUCAACAGCAAUUUUUUGCACAGGCUGAAAAAGAUCAAUACCAUCUAUUUGGCCUGGCGUUUUAUACUGUCGAUGCCUCAUUUCUUGUCUCCAUAAUCGCCGCUUUAUUUCCACCGUCGAGCCCCAAAGCCAAGCACAAGAUUGAUCAAAGCCUCCAGCAGGCCAUGGAGGACCUCUCCUUGAUGCAGUCUUCCAAUCCGAUAGCCAGAUCAGGCUUGAAAAUUAUCCAACACUGCUAUCAAAAACUAAAGAGCGCUUGUGAAUCACACAACAGCACUUCCGAACCUAGAUCCGCCUCAUUCAGCAAUCCUGGUGAUGGAUUGCACAACCUCAUCCAUGAUCUGGGCCUUCAGAGUUUUGAUUUGAGUGCAGAUUCAAACCCAGAAUCUUCUCAGCUUAACACAAUAUCUGGACCUGGCUCGCCAGAUCUCUUUUCGCAGUCGAUCCCAGACGUCUUUGAUCAGGGUUAUUGGUUGGACCAGUUGAAUAUGAUUCAUCCGUCUAUCUCCGACCAAGAUCCAGGCUUUCUGUGGGAGAAUUUUUAUUUUGAUUGA